GCUCUUUUGUUUGUUUUUAGAAUGGGUAAAAAAAUAAAAAAGGAAGUGGAGCCUCCUCCCAAGGAUGUGUUUGAUCCUUUAUCAAUUGAAAGCAAGAAAGCUGCAACUGUGGUGCUGAUGCUCAGUUCUCCUGAAGAGGAAGUUUUGUCUAAAGCAUGUGAAGCUAUCUAUAAAUUUGCAACAAAAGGUGAAGAAAAUAAGCUGACUCUUCUUGACCUUGGAGCCUUGGAACCUUUAUUUAAAUUAGUUACACAUGAAGACCCUAUUGUCCGCAGAAAUGCCACCAUGGUAGUUGGGGUGAUGUCUUCUCACAAUGAUGUGAAAAAAUCAUUAAGACAGCUAGAUGUUACAAGUGCAUUUAUAGCUCGCCUGGCACCAGAAGAAGAUGUAGUCACCCAUGAGUUUGCCAGCCUUUGUCUGGUACACAUGGCAGCAGAAUACAACAGUAAAGUGCAAAUAUUUGAGCAAGGUGGACUAGAGCCGCUUAUCAGCCUGCUAGGAAGUCCUGAUCCUGAUGUUAAGAAGAAUUGUGUUGAAUGCAUCUAUAACAUGGUACAGGAUUUUCAGAGUCGUGCUGCAGUUCGUGAACUAAAUGUUAUUCCUCCUUUGUUGGAUCUUUUGAAAUCUGACUAUCCAAUUAUUCAGUUGUUAGCUCUCAAAACUUUAGGUACUAUUACCAUUGAUAGAGAAACCAGAGUUAUGCUAAGAGAACAUCAAGGACUAGACCAUCUUUUCAAGAUACUUGAAACUAAGGAAUUUAAUGAUUUACAUGUAGAAGCUCUCGGAGUGGUGGCAAAUUGUCUUGAGGAUGUGGAUACUAUGCAAUUGAUUCAGGAGACAGGGGGCCUCAGAAAACUACUUGCCUUCACUGAAGUUUCCACUCUCACUGACUUUCAGAAGAAUGCGGCAAAGGCUAUUGCUAAAGCAGCUUAUGAUCCUGAAAACAGAAAAAUCCUGAAUGAACAAGAAGUUGAAAAAUGUCUAGUCACCCUUUUGGGAACAGAUAACGAUGGAACUAAAAUAGCUGCUUCUCAAGCAAUCGCCGCUAUGUGUGAGAAUUUAGCUAGCAAACAAACCAUUGGAACUCUAGGAAUUCCCCAGCUAGUUCAGUUGCUAAGCAGCGACAAUGAAGAGGUAAAGGAAGCUGCUGCUACUGCUUUAGUUAAUCUGACAACAGCCCACCCUGCCAAUGCAAGUGCAGUGGCGGAAGCUGAUGGUAUUGAGCCACUGAUCAACCUUCUGAGUUCUAAGAGAGAUGGGGUUGUUGCAAGUGCUGCUACUGUUCUCACCAACCUGGCCACCCAGGAGCCUCUGCGUCUCAGCAUCCAGAGCCAUGGUAUUAUGACGGCAAUUGUAGAACCACUCCAUUCCACCAACAGCAUAGUGCAAAGCCGAGCAGCUCUUACCGUGGCUGCAGUUGGUUGUGAUGCUGAUGCCAGGACUGAGUUACGGAAUUCAGGAGGGCUUGACCCCCUUAUUAAGCUCCUAUAUUCUAAACAUGAUGAAGUCCGAAGAAAUGCCUGUUGGGCUGUUAUGGUUUGUGCAGCUGAUGAUCCAACCGCUGCUGCAAUGACCAGGCUAGGUGCUUUAGAUAUUCUUGAAGAAAUUAACUUGUCCAUUGGGCGCAAAAACAACUUCAGUGAUGCAGCUUUGGAUAAAAUACUUGAUCACAACCUUCCACAGAAAUAUAGCCAAAUGGGUUUUUUAACAUCCAGCAACAUAAUAACAGAUGGGUUCUAUGACUUUGGACAGGUAAAACCAGGUGUAAAACUACUGUCACUGGAGGAACUCAGUGCUCAGCAACUUAAUGAUAAUCGUGCUAUAAUCUUAGUAAAUUCUAAAACACCAGAAAUUGAACUCACAGCUCCUCCUGUUGCAACAGAUGAAAAAUCAACACAAGAGGUUCCUAGCAGCCGAGUUGGAACCUCCAGCAGUAGUACUAACAGAAAAAUUAGUAGAGAAAGAGCUGGCUCAAUCGAUGAGAAGGAGAAGCCAGAAUCUCCAGGACGGUCUUCUUCAAUCAGUAGUAAAGGAGGUGGUAGAGAAAAAGGAUCGAGAAAAGGGAAAGGGAAAAAGGAAGAAGAAAAACCCAAAGAAGAAGAACAGGAGCCAGUGAUGCCUAAAAUAGUCGAAGAAGUUCCUCUAAAGGCCUUAUGGUAUCCCCCUGUUGAUUCCAUCUUGGUGGACUACAUUACUGAGGUCUCCAAAACAAUUCUCCCACUACCAACCACAAAAGAACAGGUUGUAGCCCUUGCGCAGUUUGUUGCAGAAAAGAUGGGCGGUCCAAUCGAAACAGACAAAUUGCAUGAAUUCAGCUGGGAACUUCAUAUAAGUGAAAUUGAAUAUGAACUGAAAUGCAAUGUCGUGCCCAUUGGGAAGAUCAACAAAGGGACCUUCUACCAUAGGGCCUUGCUUUUCAAGGUUCUAGCAGACAGAAUUGGUGUUAGUUGCAGCUUAGUCCGUGGAGAGUACACCAGAGCAUGGAAUGAAGUGAAAUUGGUUGAUGAUUCUCCCUUGGGAAUACCUGGACUUCUGCUUCCCCCUCAAGUAUAUAUUGUAGAUCUCAUGUACCAGCCAGGCAAUCUAAUGAAAGAAGGCAGUCCAGAGGCAGAUCGCUAUGGACGUAUUUAAUUAUAUUUCCAGAGCUCUUUGAAACCAAAAGCUGCUUGUUCAUAGAGCUAAUUAACAGAGAGAGGUUUGUAGAGCUCAUUUUCAAAGAUGGGCUGGGUGCCAACUGCGGCACCUUUGCAUGUACUGAUAAAUCUAGAUAGGCGAGCUGGGUCUUUUGUUUUACUACAUGGAGAUUCUGUCUUAGAAAAGUAUUUGGGGACUGCACAGAAUAUCAGUAGAAGUUUUGCUUAUAUUUUAAUCAUAUUUUAUCUAUUUUAGUCUUUUGGAAUAAAAUGCAGAUACCAG